CUUCACCGCCGCCCAACCCCCCCUCCCAAAGACCCCGCGAGACUGCAAAAGCGGGACUCUAGAACAACGUUAAAAUGACUGACGGUGAUGAUGAUAAUGAUGCUACAUUACUACUACUACGCAUCCGGGGAGGAUAGGAAGGCCGCGUGCGUGCGUGCGUUUAUUACCGUCUUUUUUUUUCUUCUUCUUCUUUUACUUUCCCUCUGGGUGAUAGAUGCACACUCUGGACGGAACAUACGCAUAUGUAUUGUCAUUCAAAGAGAAAAAAGAGAGAAAAAAAUGAAUUGCUGGUGUAAUACAGGGCACCUUGACAAGGCAGUCGUCGUAGGUGUGCCGUAUUGUAUUAUAUGUGUGUAUGUAUGCACGUAUGCAUGUAUGCAUGUAUCUAUGUAGGUAAUUAGCCGUUACCAAAACACGCAAGCAGCUGUAAUUUAAUUUUAGUGCCUGCCUGUCCCGCGAUGCACGUAAUCCCCUUCUUGGGGUUGAGGAAAAGCCAGCCAGCCAUUCUC